UUUGUUUUUUAAUGUAGAGGGCGACUUCCACAGAAUAGCAGGCGGGAAAGCAUAAAAAAAUCGGGAAAGAUACGAGAAAAGUAUUGCAAAACAUAAGCCGACGUGCAGUUUUCCUCAUGACUGUUAUCUUGGUUCAGUAAAUCCAAUACUGCAAACUUGAUUAUCACUGAUAUCGGUGAAAAGACUGUCCUUCAUUUUGUGCAUAUCUGAAGUAGACAAAUAGGUGGUCAAAAAUGAAUCGAAGUAAUGUGGCAAGAAAAAGGGCUACGAUGAUGUUAGAUUCUGAUGAUGAAGACGAUGAUACAUUAGCAUCAUUACCUCCACCCAAAACCAAAAAGAGAAAGGAAAAUAACAUAGAAUAUGUUGCUACAGGACCUGGUGAUUUUAUUAAUGCAUUAACCGAAGCUGGUUUUCAUCCAAGGACUGGAAACUUACCAAACUUACUGAGUGUCCAGCCAUUUGAGUUCCAACAGAAUUUGCGAGAACACCUCAUGGCUAGUGUUCACUAUCCAAGAAGUGUGGAAUUUUUUGUAAAUGAAUGUGAAACUUUUUUCAACGAAAGGAACAACUUCAUAAAGGCAUUGCAUUUGACAGAGAAUUCAUUGGGACAAGAUAGCAAUGCCAUGUCUUUGCCUCAGGAUUCUCUUGUACGAAUGCUACUGCAAAUGGAUGAAAUUCAGCCAAAGUUAAUGACUGCCAUAUUGAAAAGAUUUACUAAAGCAACUCAAGAAGAAAGACCAUCAGCUACUGAAGUCAAUCUUCCUUCAUUGAUUCUUUCACAAAUUGCCUGGUUAGAUCGGAUUGUGGAACCGGUACAUGUCGUUGACACGUUGUUGGAUCUUCUGAACACAUCCUCCUCGACAAUAAAAAAAGAAAUCAUAUCAUGUUUACCAAGUGUGGUAGGAGACAAGGAGAAUAUUCGAGUCGCAUUUGUUCUUUGUGGGAUGCUGGACGAAACAAACAACUCACUGACGGCAGCCAUUCUAGAUGUCCUCGGUGAUUUAAGCCUCCCCGUUAGUGAAGCUAGCGAAAUUCGACUUAAAGUCGUCAAGAGAUUACCAACUGUUCCACUCGAAACUGUUCCGAUCCUUCUUUCAUUUGUGUUCAAACGAAUACAAGCGGAUGAAGCUCUCACCAUCAUUCAAGAAGUUGGACUGCAUUUUGACAAAACCUUCAAAAAGCGCCAUGAACGUAUUUCCAAAGAGACUGUCACCGAUUGUAUUUCCCUUUCGAUGGAAUCGCUUCAAAUUUCUAUGAUUGGUUCAAAAUCAUUGUCUGAUACUUGGAUAAAAGAAAUUCAAUCGAAAACGGAUGCCAGACAACUAUUUUCCGUGGAUCUUCUUGUGUUAGUGAUUCUGCACAAAAUAACCGGACGACGACUCGAAGUUGAGCUGUUGAUUCGAAAGAAAAUUCGAAUGGAGACGCUAACAACAGAACUAGUGAAGGAAACAUUCAAGCUUUAUGAUUGCGUCCUAAAGAACUACUUUGAACAACUGUGCGCAAUUGCUGAUAAUUUGAUCCUGAGUGCUGACACAAUAGUGGCCCAAUAUGGAUCAAUGUUGUUUCAGGAAAUGUUUAUCCAUUUCGACGAGUUUUAUCAGCAAGAAGUGGUACAAGCGCUGAUUCAAUACGUCAGUUGCUCAGGUGAUCGAGCGUCAUCCAAUGACAGCCCUGCUAAAGCUGCUUUAAUAGUUUUGCAAGAAUUGGCUGAAACAAGUUGGGAACAUUUGGUUCGCUUCUCAGCCUUUAUUGUUUCUCUCCUUGAGUAUAUUGAGUAUAUGGCGCUCCCUCAGGUGAAACGGGUUAUGGAACUCUUAGCCAAAAUGGCCUAUGGAUUUUCAAUGAAUGAUGAAGCGAAAACUAGGUUAGCCUCAUUCAGCGCCGCCAUCCAAAGCGAACUUUUAAUGAUUAUCAAGAAGCAGCUAGCGGGGAAACAAGUAGAAUAUCAAAGAAUGGGAGUCCUGGGUUCCGUUGCCCUUAUUCACGUUUUGGCAAACCCAGAACUCAUUGGCGAAAUUAGUGGAGAUGGCCAGGCGAGACAAUCAACCUCGUCAUUAACCAUUAAUGAUUCAGGCCGCAACGGUGUGCUUCAAAGUGAUCAACGCCUGUUGCAAGCCAAAGCCAUCAUCGACAUAGUGAAUGCCUCCACAAAGCGAAUCCCUGAAGUUUUUGCUCUCUUCAUGGACGAAAUGGCCAGCACUUCGUUGAUGCACGACAUCCAUCCUUCCCUUCAUAGCUACAUCUAUGACGGCGUGUCCCUUGAGUUUCAGGAAAACUUUGUAGUGAACGAGAAGGAGCAGAAGAUCGAUAUCUUUCACAUUCCACUGUCUCUACUGCAUGGUUUAGACACCGUUGAGGAAGAUUCAUCGGAAGACGGGUUGGUGUUUUUGAACAUCGCUCCCAUAGCGAUUAAAGAACAAAUUCGCAGGGAUAAACGAGAUCGAGAGAGCGCUAAUGAGCCUACGCUUACCACGUUGAUGUCUCAUUUUAGACUUCUCCGAAACACCAUCGAUUCUUAUGAGGAGGUAAGUCUGGAAGAAAUUGAUGCUCUAGUGGGAUGUGCCGUCUGUCUUCCGGUGGAUGAAGUAAUGGACCAUUUCAACACCAUGCCUCAAUCUGACAAGGACGUCGUUUGUCGUUGCUACUUUUUCGGCAUCAAUUGGUUCAUCGAAGUCAUCAACACUUUUGCCCGCUCGAAAAAUAUGCGUGCUAAAGUGAUCCAUCGUCUGCAAGACGUCGUAGAACUCAAAGGGAAAUUCUACCGAGCUCUAGCUCAAAACACAUCCUUCAUGCCUCCUCAAUCAGUAUUCAUGGGCGAGCCCAUUCGCGCUUUGAAGGAGAAGGGAAAGGGUAAAGCUGGUACAAAGAAAAAGGCAGCCGCUGGGAAGAAAGGAGGAGGUAAAGGCAAAGGACUCAAGAAAGCCAACGUGAAUAACAACACUACUCUGACCACACCGAACAAGUCCGUUUUACACAGCACACCUCGAGCUUCGGUCUGUCAAGUUUCAAAAUUGGACUUUGGCGCGUCACAACCCGCCAAAGUCGGUCAACCAGAAGCGGUCGUUUCAACGUAUCCUAUUAAUUUCCGCGAGCUUGACUUAUCCGCUUUUGUGUUAUUAUCUUCCGCGCUUGAGCUAACUGCAGAAGAAUCGCCCGUCGCAUUAAAGCCAACAGAUCUCGAAUGGUUAUUGGGUGAUUUGUCCGCCAAAUUAGAGCACAAACUCUUGACUUCAGCUCCAAAGCGACGCUUCCCGAUGAAACAAGACAAUUCCGAAAAUGAAUCCUUCCUCAUGCUAGAUCUCUAUAAACCGAUGGAGGUAGCUAAGCGGAGCGUAUCACUGAUUAGGCGACUAACACUCCACGUGGAGGCCAUUUCGGGCUACUUCCAGCAACUGAUCGAAAUGAGCGAUGGGAUGCUAGAUGGACCGGAAAUGUACAGCGAACUUGCUCAAAAACUCGGCAAUAGCUACACGUUGAUUUUUCGCAUUCUGAAUCGGAUUUUGUCGUGGCACGAGUUCCAAAAGUCAACAGGGGCGACCUUACUAGAAGAUGCUCUAAGAUCCAUAGCCAUUCGCGUACUUGAUACCGCCAAAACUGCCGAUGUGGAUCAGCUUCAUGCUUCUUCCUUUGAUUAUGUUGAGAAAUUUUCCACUUCGAUUACUUCGUUUGCCUGCGCCAUUGAACACGUUCAAUUGUUGGUCACCCUCUACAACCUCCGCCCUGAUCCGGAACUUUCUGAACGAUUGGCGACGGUGGCAGAAGGUUAUCUGAAGCGUAGCUGGAAUGAUAGGGAUGGAGAAUCGCACAAAGGACAAAAGUUCAACCGAGACAUUGAGUCUUUACUUCAGAUUUACUUACUUCAUGUUCCUAAUAUUUUCGCGAAACUGGAAGACAUCAUUAGCAAUGCCAUGGCAGAGGUACUCGCAUCAGAUGAAAAAGAAGGUAGCUCUGAAUCGGAAUCUUUCCGUACUUGCAACAAAGCUACAUUCAGUUUCUACUUCCGGGCUUCAUUCAUCGCUUUGGUUGAGAAUGUCAAGAAAAUCCCGAGUCCUGCUGCAACUCCAAGAUCAGUAAAGGCAACGUUUAAGACAUGGGAGAAAGUAGUGAGUCUCCUGAACCAAUUGGUCGAAACAGUCAAAACUAACGACAAACGAAGCAUUCUUAUUUCUUGCCUAAAGUACGGCCGUUCUGUAAUCGAGGUAUUUUACAAGUCUGCCAUGCCCUUGCUCGACAAAGAGUUCAAAAACAUCAAGGAGGAAUCGCAAGAAUUGCUGAAAAAUUUACAGAAGAGUACGCGGACGCUACAAAACGUGUGCAAUCACGCCAAGAUAUCGAGUGAUCAGACCCUAGCUGCCAACAUUCCAGCCAUGACUAGAAUUCGAGAAGCACUUUUCUACAGGGUUAAACACAUGUUGGCCGCCCAUGGAUGCGCCGAAGCUUUCUGGAUUGGACAUCUGAAGAACAAAAAUCUUAAAGGUCAGGAGAUCCUCAGCCAACGGAGUGUAGAAGAAUCCGAUGAUGGGCGACAAUCAGAGAGUGAUUCGUCUUCAGAAGUAGAGGAUACUGAUGAAGAAGAAGACGAUAAUGUAACCGUUAUGAGAGAGAACGCUCCGGAAGCUGGUACUGAUUCGGAUUCCCGCAGUCGCGAAUACUAAAACCCGGUUAAUUUGGUUUCCCUUGGAAGGAUUUCGAGUGGUUUUACCCUAAGUUUCCAUUUGGUCAAUAUUUUUAUGAAUUCAGAAAAAUUUCUCCUCAUGUAUUUUUUGUUUUCUUACGGGAAUUUUCGAAA